CCGUGACCGAGUCGCCUGAUUUUCCUCUUCUUGUCAACAUAGCAGCCCCAAAAAUCUCGACCCUGCGCCUGUGGUUUCAAUUCCAAGUCUUCAUUUUCUUUAAUCCCGAAACCCCACAUUUAAUACAUUAAAUUCUUUCCUCUUUUCACAGCAAAGGUUUCACCGUUUGCAGUAUAUAGCAGUGAGAGUAGACGGUUAAUCCUACACGUUUCUUCUGAGUUGAAGCUCUGGCAGAUCUGGUUUUACGUCAAUAAAUCUGCUUUUUGUUUGCGGGUUAAGCAAUUUUUACUCCACCUGUACAGUCAUUUCAUACUCCAGUGGACAGUGCUCUGAUGCUGGCGUCCAUGACAAUAAUGCUGCAGUGUCAGGGGUUGAUACUUUUCAUAUGAAUAGGCUCAUAAAGUUAGGAUCUUUCAGUGUGUUCAUUAACUGUUGAGAUCGUGCACUCUGCUCCAUAAGAAUGAUAUAGUGUGAUUUCUGGAGUGGAUAAAGUUCUUGGAUCAUUGAGAGGGAAGGCUCUGAUAGGAAAAAACCAGGAUGAUUCCUUCUGGUUCUCCGGAAGGGGGUGACCCAUCACUUCCUCAGAAAGAAACUAAGGACGUUGCGCAAUCAACAGAUGCGAAUGAUCCAGCUGUUCCAGGACUAAAGGAAGCUAUGCCUGAUAUUCAAAUGGGGGAGCAGAAAAAGAAAUAUGAGCAGGAAAAGGGGAACCCAUCUGAGGAAAGGAAAUUGGAUACUGCACCUGCAAAAGAGCUGGAGGAAGAGAAAGUUGAUGUUCAGAGAAAAGAGCAAUCUGAAUCACUGACGGCAAUGAAAUCAAUGGACAUCAAAGAAGAAAGUGAAGAAAUUAAGAGCAAAAGAAGAUCAGAUGACAUGGAGGGAAUGAGUGAUGAUGCAGAUUCAGGAGUGACUAAAAAGAAUCUGGAGGAAGUUUCUCAUGAGGAGGAAGAGGAACCUGUCUUUGAUGGUACUGAGGUCCCAGGAAUGGAAUCUAACAGGAGCUUCUCUUCACAACCCUUGAACAAUGACUCAGAAGGGCAGGGAUCUGCUUGGCCUGAAAAAGCGGUGGCUCUUAAAAACUUUGUAAGACAAAAGAGUUUAGUUGCCGUGUCUACUGUUCUCCGUCGCCUUUCUGGGAAAAGUGAUGAUGGACAAGAUGUUCCAGAUGAAGCACAAGAAGUCUCAAAGAAUUCUGCAGAUGAUGGUGGUGGAGAAAACAAAUCUGAACAAGAGGACUCAGUAGAAGACUUAACACAACCUAUUUCCAUGAGAGGACGAAUUAUCUUGUAUACAAGGUUAGGAUGCCAGGAAUGCAAGGAGGCAAGAAGAUAUCUGCACAGGAAAAGACUCAGAUAUAUUGAAAUUAACAUUGAUAUCUAUCCUACCAGAAAGCUAGAGCUAGAGAAGAUUGCUGGAUCUUCUACUGUUCCUAAAGUUUUUUUUAAUGAGGUCCUUAUUGGUGGUUUGGAUGAGAUGAAAAUUUUAGAGGAGUCUGGUAAAGUUGGAGACAAGAUUGAAUAUGUUGUCAGUGAAACACCAGCAUAUGAAGCUCCUUUACCACCACUUUCUGGUGAAGAUGACCCGUCAAGUACUGGAACUAUUGAUGAGCUAGCUCUUAUUGCUCGGAAAAUGAAAGGAUCUAUUACUAUAAAGGAUCGGUUUUACAAAAUGCGCAGGUUUACUAACUGUUUUCUAGGUUCAGAAGCUGUGGAUUUCUUGUCAGAAGAUCAAUACUUGGAGCGGGAAGAGGCUGUUGAAUUUGGUCGAAAGCUUGCAAACGAACUCUUCUUCCAGCAUGUUGAGGACAACAUAUUUGAGGAUGGAAAUCACUUGUAUCGUUUUCUGGAUGAUGAUCCUUUCAUCUCUCGAUGUCAAAACAUUCCAAGAGGCAUUAGUGAAGUGAAACCAAAGCCAAUUACAGAAAUUUCAUCAAGGCUUAGAUUGUUGCUUUCUGCAAUAUUAGAAGCUUAUGCUUCUGAAGAUGGAAAGCAUGUCGAUUACAGAAGCAUUCAUGGGAGCGAAGAGUUUGCAAGGUACUUGAGGAUAGUUGAGGAGCUUCAGCGAGUAAAGUUAUUUGAUAUGUCUAGAGAGGAGAAGCUGUCAUUCUUCAUUAAUCUCUACAAUAUGAUGGCCAUUCAUGCGAUACUGAUCUGGGGACAUCCAUCCGGAGCACUGGAGAGGAGGAAACUGUUCGGAGACUUCAAAUAUGUUAUUGGAGGGUCAACCUAUUCACUUUCAGCCAUUUACAAUGGCAUUUUGAGGGGCAACCAAAGACCACCAUACAAUCUCAUUAAACCAUUUGGAGCGAAAGAUAGGCGGUUAAAGGUUGCUCUUCCUCAUACGGAGCCUCUUGUUCAUUUUGCACUCGUUAGUGGUACCCGAUCUGGGCCUGCCCUUCGAUGCUACUCACCAGGAAACAUUGAUAGAGAGUUGACGGAUGCUGCUUGUAAUUUUCUCAGAACUGGAGGACUACAUGCUGAUUUGACUACCAAUGUCGUAUAUGUCAGUAAAAUACUAAGUUGGUAUAGCGUAGAUUUUGGCAAGAAUGAGGUUGAAGUUCUGAGGCAUGCUGCAAACUACCUGGAUCCUGCUGAUUCUCAAGCAUUUCUUGAAUUGCUUUCAAAUUCUCAGUUCAAAGUGAUAUAUCAGCCAUAUGACUGGGGAUUAAACAACUAGCACCAGUUGCAGCUCUUCCCUUUUCAUCACACACAUCGCUGUGUAUGCUUGGAACUCAGACCCUAAAACUAGUACCAUCUAUUCUUAGAAAACUCUCACAACCAUGCUUAUGUCUGGCAUUGCUUAAUCCAAAUUGCAACUAUUUCUGGCUCUCUAUUUUUUUCUUCUCUUUAGGUUUACUUGACUUCAAGCCAGCUCAUCAUAAGCCAUCGGCUAUGUCGUUUGAUUUAUUACAAAUAAGGAUAUCAUAAAGUGAAGUGAUGACAUUGUCAAUAGGCUAUUGCAAUUAGUAAUAUGUAUAAUACACUUUUCAUGUAA